AGUGUGCAGUACGCUAGUGAGCAGAAAAUACGUAAAUAAUUCAGCUACGCACAAUAUCAAAGUUUUCAUUACGAUAAUAAACAAAAAGUGUGAAGUCGUGGUUGAGGUUAAGAAAUAUUUUAGCUUACUCUCCAUUUGUACUACUAAUCACACCUAUCAGCAAAAGUGUUUUUAUAGCGGGAAAGUACUCGAGUUAAACCCUUUGUUUGGAGUGGGAUUUGUUCGGUGAUAAAAAUAAGUUUAAAAUAUCGAAGUACCAAAGUUCCGUUCAUUGCACAUCGUUACCGCGAAAUGAACUAUGACAAAUCAAAAACAGUCUUCGAAUUCGUACGGAGCCACCAUUCACAGUAGUACCUUGCAAGAGGUUAAGUAUAUACCUAGUGCAGUAGGAAAUGUAGAGACGGGUCAAGCGUUUAAGCCUGAGCAGACUGAGCCGAAGAAGAAGGAUACUUUGUUCCUCUACUUCGUAGUAUUAACAGGAUGCAUGCCCAUAAUAGUAGGCGGCGGAUCCUUCGUAUGGACCUCCCCGGCGAUCCCCAAGCUUCAGCUGAAUCAACAGCGAAGAGAAUCCCAUAGGUAGACCCAUAACUACCACGGAAGUGUCAAUGAUAGCAGGUCUUCCGCCACUUAUGAUGCUGCUUGGAUCCCUUCUCUUAGGAAGACUUUCUCAAAUAAUAGGUCCUAAGAAGUGUCUGCAAGUUAUUGGACUGGGAAUUUUUGUCUCCGCAGUUAUAAUAGCUUUUAGUACAAAAGUAAUAUUAAUUGUAGUAUUUAGGUGUUUUUUGUAUAUGUUUUAUAACGGUACCUUGACAGUUUUUCCCGUUUAUAUAACUGAAAUUUGUGAGGAUCAUAAUCGAGCUAAAUAUGGUUGUCUAUCGAUGGUGUUUUUACCAUUAGGGAAUUUGUACAGUUAUAUUUUAGGUUCGUUUUUUUCUUUAAAAUGUUACUCUCUUCUACUAGCAGCUCCUGCAGCUUACUUUUUAAUUUUUUUCUUCUUUGUUCCCGAAUCGCCAGUAUAUUCGUUAUCGAGAGGAAGGAGGAAAGAAUGCGAAGAGACCUUAACAAAGUUGCGAAGCAAUAAGACUGAAAAAGAAAUACAACACGAUAUUCAAAAACUUGAAGAUACUCUUAAAGAAAAAGAAAAUGCCAAAAGUGGUAAUAUUUUCCAGAUUUUUAGUACAAAAGAGCUACGUUUCGCGAUGGUACUAGCUCUUGGACCAGUUUUGGUGCAGAAUUUGUCAGGUGUGACAAUAGUCAUGGCUUUCAUGGCACCUAUCUUCAACGCCGCUGGUUUUUCGGGCAAUUAUAUGUCCAUAAUUGUAGGCUGUAUAAAAGUUAGCACUAUCACACUGACUUCAUUAGUUGUAGAACGAACUGGAAGACGGCCGAUGCUCUUGAUAUCAUCGAUAGGCACAGGCAUACCCCUCCUAAUUCUCGGCUUCUUCUUUUAUUUAAAACAUAUAAACUCCCCACUCGUACCCAGUAUACAGUUUCUUCCGCUAGUUUGCAUAGUAUGCAACGUUAUUAUGUACGCCCUGGGCCUGGGAUCAAUUCCUAUGGCCAUCAUGGGAGAACUUUUUACUCCAGAUAUGAGAGCAGCUGCGGUGUCAGUAGUGACAGCCGCUAUGGGGCUCUGCAUAUUUGUCACAACCUCCUCCUAUCCCUUCAUGGAAGAGAUGUUAGGAAUACAUUGGUGCGUUUGGCUGUACUGUUGUAUCUGCUUCGUCGGUGCUACCUUUAUUUACUUUAUGAUACCCGAAACUAAGGGAAAAAGUAUACCAGAAAUACAAGAGUACCUGAGAACUAGAAAAAUGUGAUUAUUAUGUUUUGUAUUAGCAAAUUUGUAUUUUUUUAUAAAAUGUUGUUUUUGUACUUAAGAAACUGACGAUAAUGUUUAUGUAAAUAUAAGAUUUUUUAUAU